AUGGGCGAAAUCUGGGACGACAUCUUGUCAUCGAAUAAAGAGCAAGAGGCUCUGGCCAAGGCAGUUGAGGCAGACAAGGAUCGAUGUAUCACAGAGCACAAACUGCGCCAUCCUCACUUAUGUCCAGAAUGCUGGCCACGGGUGAUCAAUCGCAUGCGGGACCGCUAUCUCAACUCAUCGACCAAGGAGUGGUUCUCUGGCCGGCGCGUGUUUCUCCAGGAGCUUGACACCAUGUUUGCUCAAGCCCGGGAAAAGAAAGCCACGCUUGACGCCAUUGAGCAGCGGAUACAGGCGGAAAAAGUCGAUUGGGUGCGCGAUAAACUCAAGAGCCUUGGGCUCGCAUCAGCUACUGAUCGCCCAGACACGAUCAAGGCGCUGCUGAAUGGCCAAGAGAAACCCGUCCCCCAGCUCAUCUCGGAGUUGAGGACAGUUUUCACCAAUGAUAAGAUGGACAGCGAGAAGUUGUUUGAAGACUUCAUGGCCAGGGUCAGUGCAGCUACCUCUCCCGAGGCCAAGAUUGAAAUCUAUGUCGAGACUCUCUUCCAGACCAAACAUGACCCAGAGGGCGCCGCCAAGAGCCAAAAGUAUAUCGACUUGGUGCGUAACGGAACGAGCGUGUCCGAAGUCAUCACCCUCAUGGCUCGCGACCGCCAGUCUCAAGGCGACAUGAAAGAGCAACAGCAGUUUUACGAAAAGAGAAAGGUGGAGUUGACGAGGGCAAAAGUCGCCAACGAUGCCGCCAAAGCCAAAAAGGCCAAGGUCAAGCAGGACAAGCUCAAAGCCGCCGCGGCUGCAGCUCAAGAGUACGACCUUCCUCCAUGUGCAAAGUGCGAGGGUGUACUAGACACGCAGUCACUGGAAUUUUGUCCUUUGUGUGUCACGCUCAAUGAGCUUUACGAGAUCCCAGAAUGCUCUUCGACGUAUUUCUGCUCAGAUGAAUGCUGGCAAAGUGGUAUUUUGCCGCACAGGGCCAAAGCUGGUCACGCAUGUGCCGGCGGAGAAGGUUUCAGAUCGGCCGAGGACUCUGAAGCCGACAUGCAUGCAGCAGGAUUCUGCAAAGAAUGUAUACAUGACCACAAAGUCGAAACCUACUUUUGUUCCCUGAGAUGUUUCGAUGAUAAUUUCCAAGCCCACCGGGAGAUUGUUCACUUUCCCAAGCGAGACACGGACGGCGAAAUAUACGAAGAUGAGAAGGAUCUUGCUUAUACGUCUUCGGACAGAUUGCAUUACCGAGCCAAGAGAAUCGAGGAUCAUUGGAUUCCUUUAGAUGAUGCUGUGAGGGAGUGGGCCAACAAGCUGGGCGCAAGGUACAACGAGCAAGUGCCUAGUACAUCCAAGGACUAG